AGAAGAUUCUAUUAUGAAACAGACCAGCACAGGGACAACAUACUUGUCCUUCGAUUCAUGUGUUGAACAACAACGAAGCAAUCAAGCUCCGAGUUAACCCAAAUCCCCAACUCGGAAUUCUCCUAAAGAUUCAUCUCUUUGUGUGUCCCUUGAACCCCUAACCUUCUUGCUCUUGGUGAGUUCAGUACCAAUUCCUCAACGAUUCGUGGGACUGUCACAAAAGGAUAUUUAUGUAGGAGACAGUGUGUCAGGGUUCUGAAGGUUUGCUCCCGAAAAUGGCUGACAUAGCGGGUCUGGUUGAGGCUGCAGGGGCAAGAUUUGGCUCAUUGGAGCUUAUUGGGCAAGGGUCAUUCGGCGACGUGUAUAAAGGGUUUGACAAGGAGCUAAACAAGGAAGUUGCUAUCAAAAUGAUUGAUUUGGAAGAAUCAGAGGAUGAAAUAGAAGACAUUCAGAAGGAAAUUUCUGUUCUGUCCCAAUGUCGAUCUGCAUACAUUACUGAGUAUUAUGGUUCCUUUCUUAAUCAAACUAAACUUUGGAUAAUAAUGGAAUACAUGGCUGGAGGCUCUGUUGCUGAUCUACUGCAAUCAGGUCCCCCACUUGAUGAAAUGUCAAUUGCUUGCAUUCUACGUGAUUUACUUCAUGCAAUUGAUUACCUACAUACUGAAGGAAAAAUUCAUAGAGACAUUAAAGCUGCAAACAUUUUAUUAACUGAGAAUGGUGAUGUAAAGGUUGCCGAUUUUGGUGUUUCUGCACAGUUAACAAGAACCAUAUCAAGGAGAAAGACCUUUGUAGGAACACCAUUUUGGAUGGCACCCGAGGUUAUUCAAAAUUCAGAAGGAUAUAAUGAAAAGGCAGAUAUCUGGUCUUUGGGGAUUACUGCAAUAGAGAUGGCAAAAGGGGAGCCUCCACUUGCAGAUCUUCAUCCAAUGAGAGUGCUUUUCAUCAUACCGCGAGAGAAUCCACCACAACUAGAUGAACACUUUUCUCGCUAUAUGAAAGAAUUUGUGUCAUUGUGCUUGAAAAAGGUUCCUGCUGAGAGACCUAGUGCUAAAGAGCUUCUCAGACAUCGUUUCAUUCGGAAUGCCAGGAAGAGUCCUAAGCUAUUGGAGAGAAUAAGGGAGCGUCCAAAGUUCCAAAUAAAGGAAGAUGAAGCACCACCUAGAAAUUCCCCAAGGGGGAUGGGGGAGGCAUAUGAUACAGUUAAGGUUGUGAAAGAUUUAAGGGGUGAUGAGACUAAUCAGCCUAGUGGCCAAGGUAAAACCCUGAAAAGUUCUGGGUGGGACUUCAGCAUUAGUGGAUCUCAGGGUACUGGAACCUUUCGUAGUGUGUCACGACCACCUCAAUUUAGAGAUAAGAAAACUGAAGUUUCAAAUCAUCAGCUUACCCAAAAAAAAAGUCCAGAGAGUGGCUAUCAGGUGGGAUCUGGCAAUAAAAAUGAGUUGCUAGAGGCUUCUUUUGGAAAAGAUUCAGGAAUUCCUUACCAUGAUGAACAUCUGGAUAAUCAUCUUGAUGAUCAGGAUGAGUUGUAUGGGAAUGGAUUGGGAACUGUUGUUGUUCGAUCUCCAAAAGGACCACAGUCAUCACUGUUUCGUGACCAAAGUUCCCGUUCUAGCAGCAGCUAUGCUUCGUUUGAAGACGUUUCUACUAGCGGAACUGUGGUUUUGCGUAAUCAGCACGAUGAUUCUGAUUCUCCACAGACACCAAGGUCCCGAUUGGGACUUAAUAACAGAAAUUCAAAUGCCUCAUUUGAAGAUAGUGCUACAAAUCUUGCUGAGGCAAAGGCUGCUAUCCAAGGUGGAUUGAGGAAAAUGAAUGUCCGGGAUAGAUUUGCGCUGGGGAAACUCAACAAUGAUGUACAAGAAAGCAGGAGAGAUCAAAUGUCAACCAGCUCUGAUUCUUCCAGACCAUCUCGUGAAUACAUGGAUGCACAAAAGGGGAUUUCAAGAUCACAGUAUUAUAUUGAUGAUGAAGAAAGUGCCAAAAUAAUCUCAUCCUCUGCGCCGUUAUCUGUUUUACUUAUUCCUUCAUUGAAAGAGGCCAUUGCUGAGGAUCCAGAAGGGCCAAUUGUGCAAAUUAUUAUCAAUGCUCUUUUAAACAUGGAGAAGACAAAGCCCCAAUCCUGUGAUGCUCUUGUCAAAAACUUGCUUCAGCGGUUGGCAAGUUCAAAGGAAUUAUCAUUGAAGGACCUGCAAGAACUGGCUGGCCGAUUACUUAGUAAGACUAAGUCAGCUGAAGAAGCCCGAAAUGCAGAGACAGAUCUCAAGAAGAAACAAAACAAGGAAAUUCAUUCAAAUAGCAAUUUAAGUCCUCUCGCAAGAUUUCUUCUCUCAAGAUGGCAAGGCCAAGCCUCACGGGAUCUAAAUGCAUCUUGAACGGAGUUAUAAGUUAAUUUUUGUGUGAAGCUUUUCUUUCUACGUUAUUCUAAUUAAAUGUACAUAUUUUUUUCCUCUUGUUUACUUCAUAAAAUUUUUCUCAUAGUAACAGUGGCACGUUGUAUAACUAAGGGUGUGUUUCUAGCUACGACAAAAGUGUACCAUCAUACAAUGUUUCUAUUUACUGUUGUAUCCUUGUAUUUUGAGAGGCUGAUCCAACAUAUGACCAUCUACUUCUGAAUUUAUAUUUGGUGUUUAUUUUUAA